CGCUGACGCCGCGCCGGAGGCGGGGCCGCUGGAAGCCGCGGGGAGAGGAGCUAGCAGCCGGGAAGGGGAGGGCUGGCUGGCCUCGCAGCGCCCCGCCGCGGCUGCGGCCGGAAACGGUCUCGUUGGCCCUGCGGCGCUGGAGCCCUGACGCACGGAGCUCGAGAGCGAGAACGGGAGAGAAAGGGGUAGAAAUGGCGGCUCCGCUCGGCUCCCGCUGAGGAGGGCGAAGCCGGCGGAGUGUCUGUGCUGCCAGCCUGCAGCACCGCCCCCGCUUCCCUCUCGCCGCCUGCUAGCGCCGACUUCCCUUCCUCUGCCCGGCUCUCUGUUGUGUUGGUCUGCGCUCCGCACGCUCCGGGCCGGCUCGUCUCUCCCUGCCCGGCGGCUCCGCUGGCCCUGACUGACCGGCCGGCGGGCCGGCCUUGCUCGGCUCUCCGGGGCGCGGCGUGGACUCCGUCCUCCUGGCUGGACCAUGGUGAACACCCGGAAGAGCUCUCUCCGCCUUCUCGGGUCCAAGUCUCCUGGUCCCGGGCCUGGGCCUGGGGCCGGAGCAGAGCCUGGGGCGACCGGAGGCAGCAGCCAUUUCAUCUCCUCUCGGACCCGCUCCUCCAAGACCCGCGCUGCCAGCUGCCCCGCCGCCAAGGCCGGGGGAAGCGGUGGCGCCGGCCUCGCUCUGGAUGAGGCCAGGAAAGCUGAAGUUGAUGGUAGUUUAAGUGACAGUCACGUAUCUCCUCCAGCCAAACGCACUUUGAAACAACCUGAUUCUGUAUGCAAAGACAAAUCGAAAUCAAGAAGUACUGGUCAGCGAGAGGAAUGGAACUUAUCAACUGGACAGGCCAGGUUAACUUCUCAGCCUGGUGCUACAUUACCGAACGGACAUAGUAGUUUAUCCCUUCGAAGCCAUCCCCUUCGAGGGGAAAAGAAGGGAGAUGGGGACCUUUCUUGUAUAAACGGUGACAUGGAAGUCAGAAAAAGUUGUCGUUCGAGGAAAAACAGAUUUGAAAGCGUGAACCAGAGUUUGUUAUUUGAUCAACUAGUAAACAGUACUGCUGAAGCUGUACUACAGGAAAUGGACAACAUUAACAUCCGACGGAAUCGUCGGUCGGGAGAAGUAGAGCGACUUCGAAUGUGGACAGAUACAGAAUUUGAAAACAUGGAUAUGUAUUCAAGAGUGAAAAGGCGAAGAAAGUCCCUAAGAAGAAAUAGUUAUGGGAUACAAAAUCAUCAUGAAGUUUCUACUGAGGGUGAAGAAGAAGAAUCUCAAGAGGAGGAUGGAGAUAUAGAAGUUGAAGAGGCAGAAGGAGAAGAAAAUGAUAGACCGUAUAAUUUGAGACAGAGAAAAACAGUGGAUCGAUACCAAGCACCUCCAAUAGUACCUGCUCAUCAAAAAAAGAGAGAAAACACACUGUUUGAUAUUCAUAGAUCUCCAGCAAGAAGAAGCCAUAUUAGGAGAAAGAAGCAUGCCAUUCAUAGUAGUGACACAACUUCUUCUGAUGAGGAACGCUUUGAAAGAAGGAAAUCAAAGAGCAUGGCAAGAGCAAGAAAUAGAUGUUUGCCUAUGAACUUCAGAGCAGAGGACUUAGCUAGUGGUAUUCUCCGAGAACGAGUGAAAGUGGGUGCAAGCUUGGCUGAUGUUGAUCCAAUGAACAUUGAUAAAUCAGUACGGUUUGAUAGCAUAGGUGGAUUGAGCCAUCAUAUUCAUGCACUAAAGGAAAUGGUAGUAUUCCCACUUUUAUAUCCAGAAAUUUUUGAAAAGUUUAAAAUUCAGCCUCCAAGGGGCUGUUUGUUUUAUGGCCCUCCUGGCACAGGUAAAACCUUGGUGGCCAGAGCAUUAGCUAAUGAAUGCAGCCAAGGAGACAAAAAAGUGGCUUUUUUUAUGCGAAAAGGAGCAGAUUGUUUGAGCAAGUGGGUUGGUGAAUCUGAAAGGCAACUUAGGCUUCUUUUUGAUCAGGCAUAUUUGAUGAGACCUUCUAUAAUAUUUUUUGAUGAAAUAGAUGGAUUAGCUCCAGUUCGCUCUAGCAGGCAAGAUCAGAUCCACAGCUCUAUAGUAUCAACCCUUCUUGCUCUUAUGGAUGGAUUAGAUAAUAGGGGUGAAAUUGUUGUUAUUGGUGCUACAAACAGACUUGACUCUAUAGAUCCUGCACUCAGGAGACCUGGUCGUUUUGACAGAGAAUUCCUGUUCAACCUGCCUGAUCAAAAGGCAAGAAAACACAUCUUACAGAUCCAUACCAGGGACUGGAAUCCAAAAUUGUCAGAUGCUUUUUUAGGUGAAUUGGCUGAAAAAUGUGUAGGCUACUGUGGAGCUGAUAUCAAGGCCCUGUGCACUGAAGCUGCCCUGAUUGCGCUGCGGAGGCGUUAUCCCCAGAUCUAUGCUAGCAGUCAUAAACUGCAGCUGGAUGUUUCCUCAAUAGUGCUUAGUGCCCAAGAUUUUUACCAUGCAAUGCAGAAUAUUGUGCCUGCUUCCCAGCGUGCUGUGAUGUCUUCAGGGCAUGCACUGUCCCCCAUCAUAAGGCCACUGCUGGAAAGAAGCUUCAAUAACAUCCUAGCAGUCUUGCAAAAAGUGUUUCCUCAUGCUGAAAUUAGCCAGAGUGACAAAAAAGAAGAUAUAGAAACUUUAAUUUUAGAGGAUAGUGAAGAUGAAAAUGCUUUAUCAAUUUUUGAGACCAGUUGUCACUCAGGAUCACCAAAGAAACAGUCAUCAGCUGCUGCUAUACAUAAACCCUAUCUUCAUUUUACAAUGUCACCAUAUCAUCAGCCAACCUCUUACAGGCCACGGUUAUUGCUAUCUGGAGAACGGGGCUCAGGUCAAACUUCUCACCUUGCUCCAGCACUUUUGCACACUCUAGAAAGAUUCUCUGUGCAUAGACUAGAUCUCCCAGCACUUUAUUCAGUUAGUGCCAAAACACCUGAAGAGUCAUGUGCACAGAUUUUUCGUGAAGCUCGAAGAACAGUACCUAGCAUUGUUUACAUGCCUCACAUUGGGGAUUGGUGGGAAGCUGUCAGUGAAACUGUGAGAGCAACUUUUCUGACAUUGCUACAAGAUAUACCAUCAUUUUCACCUAUAUUUUUAUUGUCUACCUCUGAAACUAUGUACAGUGAACUGCCUGAAGAGGUUAAAUGUAUCUUUAGAAUACAGUAUGAAGAGGUCUUGUAUAUACAAAGGCCUAUUGAAGAAGACAGAAGAAAAUUUUUUCAAGAAUUGAUUCUCAAUCAGGCAUCAAUGGCUCCACCACGAAGGAAACAUGCUGCUCUUUGUGCUAUGGAAGUGCUUCCUCUUGCACUACCUUCUCCACCUCGUCAGUUAUCAGAAUCAGAAAAAAAUCGAAUGGAGGACCAGGAGGAAAAUACCUUAAGAGAGUUGCGGUUGUUUCUCAGGGAUGUAACCAAGAGGCUGGCUACAGAUAAACGCUUUAACAUCUUCAGCAAACCGGUGGAUAUUGAAGAGGUUUCAGAUUAUCUUGAAGUAAUUAAGGAACCAAUGGACUUAUCAACAGUAAUAACUAAAAUUGAUAAACAUAAUUACCUGACUGCUAAGGAUUUUCUGAAAGAUAUUGACCUCAUCUGUAGCAAUGCUUUAGAGUAUAAUCCAGAUAAAGAUCCAGGAGAUAAAAUAAUUAGGCACAGGGCUUGUACCCUGAAGGACACUGCACAUGCCAUCAUUGCAGCUGAAUUAGAUCCAGAAUUUAAUAAACUUUGUGAGGAAAUUAAGGAAGCAAGAAUAAAAAGAGGCUUAUCAGUAACAGCAGAACAAAUAAAUCCUCAUAGUACUGGAGCUCGGAAGACAGAAACUAGAGUUGAAGAGGCAUUUCGGCACAAACAAAGAAAUCCAAUGGAUGUCUGGCACAACUCUGCAAAUAAAUGUGCAUUUCGGGUUCGGAGAAAAUCAAGGCGGCGAUCACAGUGGGGUAAAGGAAUUAUUAAGAAAAGGAAAGUUAAUAAUUUAAAAAAAGAUGAAGAAGACACCAAAUUUGCAGACUAUGAGAACCAUACAGAGGACAGGAAAUUGCUAGAGAAUGGAGAGUUUGAGGUAAGCACUGACUGCCAUGAGGAAAAUGGAGAAGAGACUGGAGACUUAUCUAUGACCAAUGAUGAAUCAUCCUGUGACAUCAUGGACAUGGACCAGGGGCAGAGGCUUAACAAUGGAGCAGGCACAAAAGAGAACUUUGCAUCUACUGAGGAGGAAAGUUCAAAUGAAUCUCUACUCGUCAACAGCAGCAGUUCCUUAAACCCGGAGCAGACCUCCAGGAAAGAGGCUUUCCUUAAAGGAAACUGUCUAAAUGGUGAGGCUUCCACUGACAGUUUUGAAGGAAUACCAGUUCUGGAGUGUCAGAAUGGCAAGCUUGAAGUAGUUUCUUUCUGUGAUAGUGGAGAUAAAUGUAGUUCUGAACAAAAGAUUCUUCUGGAGGACCAGUCAAAAGAAAAACCAGAAACUUCGAUUGAAAAUCAUGGAGAUGAUCCUGAGAAACUAGAGGCACUGGAAUGUAGCAAUAAUGAGAGUGCUUCUAAAGUAAAGAAUACCGUAAAUUAAUUUUAGAGCAGGCAAAGACGACAAGCCUGGAACUGGUUCCAGAAGAGCCAUCUGAGCCUGUGCCUCCUCUUAUAGUUGAUCGUGAGAGAUUGAAGAAAUUGCUUGAUUUGUUGGUAGAUAAAAGCAACAAUCUGGCAGUUGAUCAGCUUGAAAGAUUAUAUUCUCUUCUUAGUCAGUGCAUCUACCGUCAUCGUAAAGAUUAUGACAAAUCACAACUUGUAGAG